AUGUCAAAAAGAAGCAAGUAUGAUCUGGACUCCAUCCCCCAAGACCCACCAUACCUGCAGCCAGGUGCCCUGGUUGAGAUUCAACCCCCCGAAUUUGGUUACGAGAGUCCGUGGCACACCGCCACUAUCGUCCAGCGCGCUACUCCAAUAUCCUCCAACAGGUUCGUGGUCCGAUUCACCCAUCUUUUCCAAGACGAAAAAACCGGGAAUAGACCCUUAAGGAUGAUCAGCCUCGGCGAUAUACGCCCUCAUCCCCCCCCACAACGUCCAAGAAAGUUCGAGAAUGGUGACCACGCGGACGUUUAUCACAAGCACAGCUGGUGGGAAGGGGUGAUUGUUCAAGAGUUGAAGAAUGGCAACUAUCUGUUUAGGUUUAACAGUGAUAAUCAGUGGCCAAAGUUCGUAGAGUUUGGAGUGAAUCAAUUGAGGCUUCAUAGAACCUGGAUUAAUGGGCAAUGGAUACCACCAUUGGAGGCAUCUGAGAUAGCUGUGGAGGAAGUACAAAGGGAAGAAGAGCCAACAAAGAAAACGAUGGAGAUGGAAGAGUAUAACGAGAGAGCACUUGUUGAGGUGGCCAAUGAUGAAGAUGGUUCUAACCGUGCUUGGUAUCCUGCAAUUAUUGUUACAGCAGUGGGGAAUAAAAGGUACCUCAUUCAGUAUACGACCAUGAGAACUGACGAUAACAGUAACAUUGGUUUCUUUGGGAAAGUUAGGGAUACCUUGCACAUUAGGCCUCGUCCACCGGAUAUUGCGGUGCCUGAUCAAUUUGUAAUGCUUGAACAAGUUGAUGCUUUCUACAAAGGUGGGUGGUGGAAAGGUGUGAUAAUUAAGGUCCUUUCUGAUGAUUCUAAAUAUCAUGUCUAUUUGGCUACACAUGAAGAAAUGGAAUUUAAACACUCGGAAUUAAGGCUACACCAAGAUUGGAUUGAUGGAAAAUGGACUAAACCUUCCCCAGUGAUAUGA